AUGGACGGGGGAAUUGAUAUUGAUGCCAGCCGAGAUGUGUAUGAAGAGUUCAUUGAUACUGAUGGACCAGUGGACGACGCGGAGGUCUUAGAUGUACCACUGAUCGAAAAUAACGAGGAGGAUUGCCUUACAACAGUUCCUAUCCCAGAAUGGUUCACAUCAAACACAUGGGACAAUAUUAAUGACCCAUCACCUGCAUUGGGUACAGGACAUCUUACAAGUUGGCAUAAAGAUGACCACCCAGCAAGGGGGAUGCUAUUCAAGAAUAAAGCCUCUGUUCAAUAUGUGUUGACCCUCUACUCUGUGGAGCAUAAUAAGCAAUACAAAGUCAUCAAGUCUGACACCAAUAGGCUGGUAGUGCGGUGUAAGAAUGAGGCAUGUCUGUGGUCAAUUCGGGCCAAUUGCAGCAAGAAGCACGGGAUGUGGGUUAUCAGUACAUGUAAGGGUCCCCAUAGUUGCUCAUCCCUCCAGCUACCAACUGAUGGGCGGAUGAUGGAUUCAAAGUUCAUCUCCAUUGCACUUGAGAAGUAUGUACGGGAAGACCUAACCCGAAAGGUAAGGGACUUGCGUAGUAUGUUGCAUGCAAGGCAUGGGCAUGAUGUAACUAUGUACAAGGUUUGGGAAGCCAAACAGAAGGCAGUUGCACGUAUUUACGGGGAUUUUGACGAGUCGUACGCAGAAUUGCCACGAUUUCUUGCUGCAUUGUCUGAUGCAGAUCCGGAUACUGUGACCACAUUAAAGUGUGACCCCAAUGUCCCGGGGACUUGUAUAUUCAACUCCGCAUUUUGGGCUUUCGGUCCGUGUAUUAGAGGGUUUAGGCAUUGCAGGCCGGUGAUAAGCAUAGAUGCAACGCACCUUUAUGGCAAGUACAAAGGAAAGCUGUUGAUAGCAAUGGCAACAGAUGGUAACAACGAGGUUUAUCCACUCGCAUUUGCCGUUGUCGAAAGCGAGAGCACGAAGACAUGGGGAUGGUUCUUGGCAUGCCUGUUGACCUAUGUUACAGACCGCACCAAUUUGUGUAUAAUAUCCGACAGGCAUCGUGGGAUACAAUCAUGCUUCGAUGACACCACUAGGGGCUACUUGCAACCGCCCUUAACCCAUCACCGGUAUUGCCUCCGCCAUUUAGUAAGCAAUGUUAACACUAACUUCAAUAGUGUGCCGUUGAAGAACUUGGUAUGGAACGCAGCAACUGCGAAUCAAGUUAGGAAGUUUGAGAACACCAUGGAUUGCAUCAAGAAUGUCAACCCGGCUGCGUACGACUAUCUUAAGGAGGUAAAUCAAGAAAAGUGGACACUUGUACAUGACCAUGGGCACCGAUAUGGGGCAAUGACAACCAACCUGUCAGAGUGCUUCAAUGGGGUACUUAAGGGCGCACGUAGCUUGCCCAUAACUACAAUGGUGAAGUUUACAUUUUACAAGGUGAACUCAUACUUUGACGAACGUCGAAACAAAACCCUAGAGAAGUUGGAAGAGGGGCAAGUGUGGUGCAAAUAUGCCUAUGACAAGUUCGAGGAAAAUCAAGAGAAGGCGAAGCUCCAUAUUGUUAGAAGGAUGAGUGCGCAACAACGGUUAUAUACAGUGGAGACACAGUCUUCACUGUUGAACACUGGCGGGGGAGAUCACACCCAUAGGGUUUCCCUCAUAGACAUGACAUGCACGUGCGGCAAAUAG